UAUAAACGUCUCCUCCGCGCCUAUAAGAACGCGCCUACGCGUAGCGAUAAAAAGCCAACCAAUUACCGGCUAAAUGACGCCCAAGAUCUUGCUCUUAAGCGCUACAUUAACGCAGCCAAUGCUAGUAUCGGCUUCAGUAUACAUCACCGCAUAAUCGCGCAACAAGCCUACGCGUCACUUCAAGAGUCGUACAUAGGACCACACAAAUCACCAACGCCACUAGGUUAUAACUAG